AGGAGAACUCCGAGCGCUUAUUUACAGGCUCAUCCGAAGAGAGAAAGAGAGCACUGAAAGCCGGCUGAGGAGAGGAGAUCCCUCCAAGACAAUUAUCUGAAAGAAAAUACACGACAAACUGCAGAAACUCCAGAAACUAAAAUUAAAAAAAAUCUAAACAAUCUCGUGAGCAGAGACGUGAGUCAUGGAGCAACAAUUUGCCGACUUUUCCGGAUCUUGGAAAAUGAAAAGUUCAGAAAAUUUCGAGGAGCUUUUGAAAGCACUAGGGGUAAAUGUCUUUCUGAGGAAAAUUGCAGUUGCAGCAGCCUCCAAACCGGCUGUUGAGAUUGCACAGCAGGGAGAAAGCCUCUCGAUUCAGACGUCCACUAGUGUGCGGACCACUCACGUGUCCUUUACGGUGGGCCAGUCUUUCAACGAGACUACAGUGGAUGGACGACCAUGCACAAGUUUUCCGAAAUGGGAGACAGACAGUAAAAUCUCUUGCGAGCAGACACUGCAGAAGGGGGAGGGACCUGAGACAUCAUGGACACGUGAGCUGACCAAUGAUGGCCAAAUGAUUCUGACCAUGAGAGCUGGGGAUGUCGUCUGCACCCGUAUGUAUGAACGAGACUGAAGAAUCUUUACACAUCAGUUCAUUCCACAUCUCAACAAUAACUACAGAGCUCAUAAAUGCUAGUUUUUCAUUGUUUAAUAUAGUCUGUUUCUUUCCAUUUUGAGAUUAGCUUCUGUUGUAGGUUUGACAUUUGCUGAUCUGUGUAUGACAGAGAAGGGAUGUUUGGAGUCUUUGUUUUUCAGUCUGUGUUUUUCUUAGCAAUGCGUCUAUCAGAAAAACUGUAUUUAUUGCUAUUGUGUAUUUUAACCUGCAGUUUUAUGUACCUGCCACAAUGUGGCUUAUCAAUUAAAUAUGUUAAUAAACCUGUAUACAUAUAUACACAAAAGAGUGUCAG